AUGGAUGCAGAAUCAUUAGAACACAUAGUACCAGAUGGCGGAUAUGGAUGGGUAAUAGUGCUUGUUGCAUUUAUGCGCCGAGGAUUAGCAAACGGCAUUGCUAUAGCUGGUGGUGUUGGACCUUUGAUUUAUUCACCAAUAUUAUCCAAAUUAUUAUCUAGCAUUGGUCAUCAAUGGACAAUAAGUGUUUUUGCAUUUGCCACACAUAUUGACAUUUCAGAAGGAACCAGCGCUAUAAUUGAGAUCAAACCUGUUAAAUCUAAGCAUGAGCAAAAUACCUUUUUUAUAUGUACCUUUUCAUCCGGCGCCGUAGUACUAUUAAUAUGGACAUUUUCAACAACUUUAGUACCUUUAUUAAUUUUUGCUAUGAUUUAUGGAAUGAAUGCUGGUGGUUUCGUUUCAUUGCUUUCGGUGGUUGCCACGGACAUAGUAGGCUAUGACCAGAUAACAAAUAGUAUAGGAUAUUUAUAUGCUAUUGAUAUAAUUGGCACAACUUUUGGUACACCAAUUGCAGGUGCUUUGUUGGAUUUAAGUAAAUCCAAAGCAACAAAUCAAGAGGGAGUCGAAAUUUAUUUUUUACCAAUAAUGUAUUCAGGUUCUAUUAUCAUAUUUGGUACUUUCUUUUUAAUGUGGGAAAGUCAGAAAUUAUAUUUUUGA